CCCCUCCGCUCACUACUGUUACAACACCGUGCGAUACCGUUACACUAGUGGAGGAGAAGAAGAAGGGUCUUGGGCGGGUGCCGAUUCCGAUCACACAUUCAGAAAAGAAAGCCGCGACUAUGGCGAAAACGUACGACUAUCUCUUCAAACUGUUGUUGAUAGGGGACAGCGGGGUCGGGAAGACGUGUCUGCUGUUCCGAUUCAGUGAGGACGCGUUCAACACAACAUUUAUAUCAACGAUAGGGAUCGACUUCAAAAUCAGGACAAUAGAGCUAGAUGGAAAGAAGAUCAAGCUGCAGAUAUGGGACACUGCAGGCCAGGAGAGGUUCAGAACCAUCACCACAGCCUACUACAGAGGUGCCAUGGGCAUCAUGCUGGUGUAUGACAUCACCAAUGAGAAGUCCUUCGACAACAUCAAGAACUGGAUCCGCAAUAUUGAAGAGCAUGCAUCUUCAGACGUGGAGAGAAUGAUCCUUGGCAACAAGUGUGAUAUGAAUGACAAGAGACAGGUGUCCAGAGAAAGAGGGGAAAAGUUGGCGAUUGAUUACGGGAUCAAGUUCUUAGAAACAAGUGCAAAAUCAGGCAUAAAUGUGGAGGAGUCCUUCUUCACACUGGGAAGAGACAUUAUGACACGACUAAACAGAAAAAUGAAUGACAACAGCCCACCAGGAGGUGGAGGAGGGCAGGUCAAAAUCACAGAGAACCGCUCCAAGAAGAGCCACUUCUUCAGGUGCUCGCUGCUCUAGGUCAGCGACCCCCUCACCCACCGUACCCACCACCCCAUCCCUCGCCCCAACGCACGGACAGCAACAGCCAGUCUGGCUGCCUCAGAGUAAGAGCCCCACCCGGCCCAUCCGCCCCGGUCCUCCAGUACACACUCUGGGUUCCUGCUGACUCCGCAGAGGAGCGGGACGUAGCGCUCUGAGGAAACGAGCAGUACAACUUCUGUUCCAGGGAGAUACAUGUCGGAUAGGAAAUGAGGAAGUGGGGAUGAAGCCCGAGUGUCUCCACGUAUUGCUUUGUCUUUUUGUUUCUCUCCGGUUGGAAGAGAGUCGUGAACCCUUGUCUUCACCGCCGUGAGAAAGGGGCGUUUCCAUUUGGUUUUGUGUCUUUUUGUAUUCAGCUAAAACUGCCUCUUUUACUUAAUCUUUUUUAAAUCUAUUUGGUGAUUUCUUUGAGGAGGUCAUUUAAGCAAGGAAAAGGAAAUCACUUUGAAAAUGGCA